AUGCAUCUUAAGCAGUUUUUCGGUGUCCUCGCCACGACGGUGGCCCUUGUCGCUGCUGAGGAGUCUGAUGUGACUGCCCUUACUGGCGAGACCUUUGAUGAGUUUAUCAAGGCCAACGAGCUUGUUCUAGCCGAGUUCUACGCUCCCUGGUGUGGACACUGCAAGGCCCUCGCCCCCGAGUACGAGGAGGCCGCCACCUCCCUCAAGGAGAAGGGCAUCAAGCUCGUCAAGGUUGACUGCACUGAGCAUUCCGAGCUCUGCUCCAAGCAUGGUGUUGAGGGCUACCCCACCCUCAAGGUCUUCCGUGGUCCUGACAGCAUUACUCCCUACGGUGGUCAGCGCAAGGCUGCUUCUAUCACCUCCUACAUGAUUAAGCAGUCUAUGCCUGCUGUUUCCUCCGUCACCAAGGAGAACCUCGAGGAAUUCAAGACCGCCGACAAGGUCGUCCUUGUUGGUUACUAUGCCGCCGAUGACAAGACUUCCGCCGAGGUCUACAGUGGUGUUGCUGAGAAGCUCCGCGAUACCUACGUCUUCGGUGCCAGCAACGACGCUGCCCUCGCCGAGCAGGAGGGUGUUGUUCCUCCCGCCAUCGUCCUUUACAAGCAGUUCGAUGAGGGUGUCACAACCUACACCGGUGAUAAGUUCGACGCUGAGGCGAUCGAGAAGUUCGCCAAGACCGGCGCUACUCCCCUCGUUGGCGAGGUUGGCCCUGAGACCUACGCCGGCUACAUGGCCGCUGGUAUCCCUCUCGCCUACAUCUUCGCGGAGACCGCUCAGGAGCGUGAGGAGCUUGGCGAGGCUCUCAAGCCCGUCGCCAAGAAGUACCGUGGCGUCAUCAACUUUGCCACUAUUGAUGCAAAGGCUUUCGGUGCUCACGCUGGCAACCUGAACCUCAAGACCGACAAGUUCCCUUCGUUCGCCAUCCAGGAGACGACUAAGAAUCAGAAGUUCCCCUUCGACCAGGACAAGGAGAUUACCCACGACUCUAUCGCUGCCUUCGUUGCUGACUUCGCCGAGGGCAAGCUUGAGCCCAGCAUCAAGUCUGAGCCCAUUCCCGAGACCAACGACGAGCCCGUUACCGUCGUUGUCGCCAAGUCGUACGAGCAGAUUGUUCUCGAUGAUACCAAGGACGUCCUAAUUGAGUUCUACGCCCCCUGGUGCGGACACUGCAAGGCUCUCGCGCCCAAGUAUGAGGAGCUUGGCGGACUCUACGCCAACUCUGAGUUCAAGGACAAGGUCGUCAUCGCCAAGGUUGACGCCACUGCCAACGACGUCCCUGAUGAGAUUCAGGGCUUCCCUACCAUCAAGCUCUACCCCGCUGGUGCUAAGGAUUCUCCCGUCACUUACAGCGGCUCUCGCACCGUUGAGGACCUGAUUAAGUUCAUCAAGGAGAACGGCAAGUACAAGGCCGACGUCUCCGCUGAGAAGGAGACUCCCGCGGAGGAGAAGGCCGACGAGAAGAAGGCUGAUGAGGCUAAGGAGGAGCCCGAGGCCAAGACCGAUGAGGAGAAGGCCGGUCACGAUGAGCUCCACCUUCUUGACGCCAUGGACAAUUUCGGCGUCAUCGAAAUCGCCAGCUCCAGGACCACCGCCGCGCCUGGGUGGGCCUACGUUCCAGACCUUGCAACAAACCCGACGGCCGCACUGCAACCAACGGGGCGAAAGCGCGCAGCGGCGCGGGGCCAAGGAUUAAGUUUCUCAGACCAGACCGCGAGGGAGGAAGCGAGGGUGAGGAAGGAGCUUGAGGCGUUGGAUAAGGAGGGGAGUAGGGAUGUUGUCAUUCCUGUGCCAGCGAAGGGAAGGGCUGGACAAGGAAAAUCUACACCGAAUGUACGAAAGAUAUUACAGAGUAUGAAGACGUUUGCGAACCAUCUAGACGAUUUCGAAGCGAUGCAGGCCUUGGCGGAGAAUAACCCUUCAUCGAACCUGUUCGCGACUGUCAGGGAACAACCGUCUAAAUCCUCAAGCUCACGCCGGAAAUCGGCGGCCCAGCCGAAGUCGACCUCCUCUUCUGCGAAGGGAACACCGAAACCACAACCAGACAUCAUCAUGACGGAGUCUCUGCCUCCCGUGCUCACACCACUAGCGAGUCCGACUCCGACUCCGGAAGACGUAGAAAUGGUCGAAGGCGACGGCAAGAAAGAAGAACCUGCGAAGCCACAACAGCUCCAAAUAAACGGCGUGCGAGAUGCCGAGUCGUUGCUUGCGGCUCGGGUACCGGAGACGCCUUCGGACGCAGAGCUUAGGGCGCUGCUGGCGGUGCCGCCGCUGACUUAUAAGCAGGCGAGGGCGGGGCUGACGGAGGAGGAUGCUAGACCCAGCCCGACGACAGGGCAGACAAACAUGUCACUUGGAUUCCAACGACUAAAUGUCAAGAAGGCGCCGCCUAACCCGCACAUCGACUUUAUCAAACCGCUUCCGGGAAGGGAUGAGGCAAUAGCGUUAGAUUUUUUGGAGCGCAUAGCGGCUCAGUGUGUUCCGAUCAUGAAGAAGAACUACAUUAAUGUACGGUCGCUUGAGGAAUACGAGCCUAAUCGGGAAUUCGUUGGGCGAAAUUUCAAUGCGGGAGAGGUCAUACAGCUCGUCCUGAAGUGCACAAGAACGGGAAAAUGGCUACCGUUCAACUAUGUUCAGAUGGUCAUGAUGCAUGAGCUCGCACAUUGCAAGCAGAUGAACCAUUCUAGAGCAUUCUGGGCAGUACGUAACCAGUACGCCCGGGAUAUGGAAGGGCUUUGGUCCAAAGGCUACGUAGGCGACGGACUCUGGGGAAGAGGCCAACAGCUCAGCAGCGGGCAAUUUGACAGGCCCACAAUUCUCACGGGCGAAGAUCUUCCAGAACACAUUUGUGGCGGAACAUUCCAGACAAGAAGCAGGGGCCGGAAGAGGAGAGCUGCCGCGACCACGCUCACGUGGAAGGAAAGGAAAGAAAAACGCAUUCUCAAAAAGUUCGGAGCGAACGGCGUAACACUAGGAAGUGGAGACGAUGAUGCAAGAGUAAAGCUCGAAAACGGAAAACGAAGCAAGGCCAAGCCGAGAGUCGCGCAAAGCCAACGAGGGCGGGAACUCCGAGCGGCGGCGGCGUUGGCACGAUUAGAAAGCAGCGCCAAGAUUCAACAAAGCAAAGAAACGGAGGUUAUCACUAUCGAUUCGGACGAUAGCGACUACGAAGUGAUCGACCUUACAGAUACGCCGGACGCCGUGGACAUCAACGGGAGCCGGCUAUUAGACAAGAACGGAGUCGGGAUGGUCAAGGUCUGUGGCGGCGACGAACAAGAGAAUAGUGACGAGGUGUCGAAUGAAUUCCGCGAGCUUAUGCACUCGUUCGGGACGAAAGCUGCAGCGCGGGCGCCACCGGAACCACCUCGCAUUAAAGGAGAGACGAAAUCGACGAAAUCGCAGCCGACUGUGGCGGAAAUGUUCAAAAGGCAACGAAUAAAGAGGGAGCAGAGCCGAGAGCGCAAAGCCCACAUUCCAAUAAUACCAUUAUCCGACGAAUAG